CAAGUGGAUGUAUUACAAAAAAAGCUUAUGGAGGUGAAGGUUUGUAUAGAGGGGUCUGAGGAAGAUUCGAAAAAGGAACUAGAGGUUCUUUGGCGGAGAGUUAAAACUACCGCAACACUGUUAACAUACUUGAAAUCAAAAGCAAGAUUAAUGGCUGUUCCUCAUUUAGCGCAUACAUCAUGUGGCAUCAAACAAUUGGAAGGGGUGGGGCUUGUUGAUAAAGAUGGCACACCGUUGUCUGGUUGGUCUAGGAAUGUUGAUCUUUCUUCCUUUGAUAGUCCAGAUGAAGACACUUGGAUUGGGAUUAGUAAGCAACAUGGUCCUCUGGAUGAACAAGAUGCAACUUAUAUUGGUGAACUACUUAAGUCUGUGCAGAUGGUUACAGACGUAAUGGAAGCUCUUGUCAAGAGAGUUGUACUGGCAGAAUCCGAAACUGCAAUUGAGAAGGAGAAGGUAACUGUUGGUGCGGAGGAACUUAAGAAAAAGUCUAUCCAAAUUGAGAAUAUGUCUUUGAAGUUAGAAGAGAUGGAACGGUUUGCUCUAGGUACAAAUGGUAUUCUAACGGAAAUGAAGCAGAGAGUUGAGGAUUUGGUUGAAGAAACAUAUAGACAGCGUCAACGAGCUGCAGAAAAUGAACAGGAGCUUUGUCGUGUGAAGCGGGACUUUGAGUCUCUAAAAUCAUAUGUUAGCAGUCUCAUCACUGUACGAGAAACACUGCUUUCAUCAGAGAAGCAGUUCCAAACUAUUGAAAAGCUGUUUGAGCGGCUAGUCGCAAAAACAACACAGUUAGAGGGUGAGAAAAUCCAGAAAGAGACAGAAGUUCAGAAACUUAUGGAAGAAAAUGUGAAGCUGAGUGCUCUUCUUGACAAGAAAGAGGCCCAACUUCUGGCCAUGAAUGAACAAUGCAAGGUGAUGGCUUUGAGUGCUUCGAACAUCUAAUCUGUUACGCUCGCCUGCCCGGUGGUUGAUGUCCGGUGGCUUGCUUUGCAACACUAUUUGGAUCAAUCCCACCCGCCCGUCAACAUACCAGAAAGAAAACAAGGAAUGAGCGACUCUGGAUAGCAAUCUCUGUCUGAGACCCUUUCUUUCGAUUGUAACAUUGUGAAGAGCCCCCUUGAACUCAUUAUCUGGUUGUGCAUUUAUGCUGUUGUUAACCGAACGCAGAAAAUCGUACAUUAAUUGGAAUGCAAAUCUCAUUUGUUAAUCAUC